AGUGUAAACGUCGUUUCCGUUCAGUAAUGUUGCUUUAAUUCUGAUCGAAAUUGUUAAAAAGUUUUUGUCGCCGUUUCCGUCGGGCCAUUUCUGUAAAUUCUCUUCGGAGAAUCGUAUACCAGAACGGAUCAUGACCAGUACGGGCGUCCUUGCUGUAGCCCUUGUAGCGUUAUUGUGUGCACUUUUAAUGAUUUGGUACAGAAAACGCGCGAAAAGAAAUAAUCAAAUCAACCGAAUACCCGGAUUCAAAUCCUACCCUCUGAUCGGUACCACUCACAUGUACUUCGGUAAAAGUCGAACUGAAAUUUACGAUGUAUUACGCAACGAAGCCGCCCAGUUUCCGUACAUAUCCCGAGUUUGGAUCGGUCCCCUUCCGGAAGUGUGCAUACGCAAGGCCGAGUAUGUGGAAAAGUUGAUCGGAUCGACGAAAAAUAUGGAAAAAUCUUUUGGCUAUAAAUUUAUUCGUUACUGGCUGGGAGACGGACUACUUAUAUCGAGCGGGAAGAAAUGGCAAAAGCAUCGGAAAAUCAUAACGCCCACAUUCCACUUCAGUAUUUUGGAAACGUUUUUCGACAUUUUCUCGGAUAAGUCGAGAAUUCUUGUAGAGCAACUGAACGAACACUGUGGAACAGGCGUACCAUUCGAUAUCUACACGUAUGUGACGAAAGCCGCUCUGGAUAUUAUUGGUGAGGCAGCUAUGGGAGUUUCGCUCCGAGCACAGGAAAAAGGCAAAAAUUAUUAUGUCAACGCGGUGUACGAAGCAGCACAAUUAAUCAUGGCAAGAGUAGUGCGACCGUGGCUGCAUCUAGACUUCAUUUACAAGCGCACAGAAUCUGGCAGAAAGUUUCAUGAUUGUUUGCAGACCCUGCACGGAUAUUCAAGUGAUGUGGUUGCAUUGCGUAAAACGACCAGACAACGAGCCUCUCAAACGAACAAUGGAGGAAAGCGGCGACUCGCAUUCCUAGACUUAUUGCUCGAGGCUAAUGAAAAUGGCAAUCAACUUUCCGACAAGGAAAUACGGGAAGAGGUUGACACGUUUAUGUUUGAGGGUCAUGACACUACCACAGCUGGAAUCUCUUGGACGAUCUAUCUGCUCGGAUUGCAUCCCGAAAUUCAGAACAAAGUAUGCGCCGAAUUGGACACAAUAUUUAAUGGAUCCAAUCGAAAGGUCACGCUAUCCGAUACGCGGGAGAUGAAAUAUCUGGAACGGGUUAUCAAAGAGGCAAUGAGGCUGUUUCCGCCAGUACCAAUAAUUGGUCGAAAAAUCAGCGAAGACAUUCAACUGGGUGACUACUACAUACCCGAAGGAUGUAUGAUCAAAAUCGAUCUGUUCAAUUUGCAUCGAGAUCCACGCUACUUUGCUGAUCCGGAAAAAUUCGAUCCAGACCGUUUUCUACCCGAAUGUGCCGCGAAUCGACAUCCGUACGCUUACAUUCCAUUCUCGGCAGGACCCAGAAAUUGCGUGGGACAGAAAUUUGCCUCCUACGAACAGAAGGUAGUUCUGUCGACAAUGUUGAGAAACUUUAAAAUUUGCUCCGUCGAUGGUCGGAAUGAGGUGAAAAUGAUUAAUGAAUUGGUGUUGCGACCGAUUGGCGGUAUAAAUGUAACACUGGAGAGGCGAUCGGCUUAAUAAAGCACCGCGAUUUUCAAUUCCUGUAUGUUUUAGUCGCUGGAAAGCCAGCGGUUAGAAAUUAUAGUUUUUCCCCUAAACAAAUGUUCUCUCGUCAUUAGCUUUGAGAUUGAAUUUUGAAAUAAAAGUUAAAUA